UUUAAGUUCACAUUUUCAUAUGCCGCUGCAUUGUAUUAUCGUUUGUCAUACUCGGUAUUGUCUUGUUUUCACGUGCAAAGUGCUUCAAAUGUAUGCUACAAACGAUGUACGUGAUGCAUUCUUUUUUAAUUUAUUCAUCAGCCUCGAAUUGUAUUUCAUUCUUUUUUCCAUAUCUCUUCUCCACUUUAUCGUUCUCAUGACAGCAUUAGUAUCGACGGUUUUGUCUUAUGCAGACAAGGUUCCCGUAUUGAACCAAGCAACAUCAUGGUUGCCCGCAUCCUACCAUCAUGACAAGAAGGCAUCGACUUUCCACCAUGUGGAUCGCACUUCAUUAGCAAUGCACUUUGCUGCUACAGAUCCUUCGCCAUUACCUCCUUCUUAUGAAAAUGUCGUCUCCCAAUCCAGGUUAUCAAGGUUGUCACAAAUGAUUUGGAAACAAACUUCUACCGAUGUAUCCGACUACGGCCUGAAACAACCAUGCCCAGCACAACAGCCUUUCAUGAACAGGAAAGAUUUGGAGCGGGCAAUGGCAUUAAUCCAUAUUGCAAAUGAGAUGGAACAAUCGAAUAAUCGAAUGAUGGCUAUGGACCUGUACCUUAUGGCGCUUGACCGGUUUAUGGAAGCCAUUCCUGUUGAUACGGACGCUAACGUAAGACAUGCCCUGACACAAAACAUUAUGGAAUUCCGAAAACGGCAUGACCUAUCGUUUGACGAAAUAUCGCAUGAGCAUUUGGGAACCGCAACCGAAGCAGAGCAAGCCAAAUCGGAACAGGAAACUACAUCCACCUUGUCCAAUCUCAUCGUCAACACGGCCGUUUUUACGGCCAUUGCGUUAAAGAAAAGCUUUAUUCCAAGUAAGCCUUACCGUUACAUUUCCCUUUGUUAUUUUGGGUUACCCCUAAUUCGUUUGAUCUAUCCAGAUGUGAUGUCGUCGGCCAUAGAUUAUUGCAAAAUGGGACUUGAUACUAUCGAUGAAACAUGUCAGAUCCGUCAACACACAUGGAAUAUGGCAGCUCAAGGAAUCGCCAAAAUUGUUCAGGUUGAUCAGCAAUAUGAGCUGCACCAAACAUUGGCCAACAUCAUGUACAUUGGUUGCACAGCUUUUUUCAAAGCCGGUGUUGCUUAUGCUGAAACUCCUGGUUAUGGCGAAACCCCAAAAUCGACAUCAGGCAACAAAGCUUGAAAAAGUUCCUCUUCUCCAUUUUUUAGUUCUACCAUUCGUAUCUGCCCUCGUUUCACCGUGCUAUAGUCAAUGUACUUAAGAUACCCCCUUCUAUUCAUGUGUCCAUCGAAACGGCAAUAAUAGAAAAAGAGCAGAAUAACCAAUACUAAUGUUGCGAACACGAUCCAUUCAUUUUUUGAUUCCAAAAAUAAAUAAAAAGGUUAUUGCGG